AAAGUUUCUCUUCCUGAUCUCGGGUCAGUUUCGCUUUCCGUUCUACCUGCUGUCAUCGACCGAAGAAGAAGAAGAAGCAGUCGUCAGAACAGGACAGGACACCGCCACAGAGGAAGAUAACAAGUACAUUUUAGUCCACUUGAGACUGUAACCAGCCUUUAUUUGGACUUUUAAACCGAAAUUGUCACCUUUAAGUCGACUACAGGAAGUGUGUUGGAUGCGGACAGGACUUCAACAACACGACCUGAAAAGGCCGAUCUAUGGAUUCUGAAGUUAAAACGCGAGGCAAUCUGAAAGAGGCUGAGGAUCUGGCCCUCUCUCUGAGCGAAGCCCUGUGCAGCGGGGACGGACAGGAAGCAGCCAAACUGUGCCAGACACUGUCCCAGCUGUCUGUGCCAGUGUCUGUCAACAUCAACACUCAGGCCUACCCUCAGGACUCCAUCAGGUUGUGGGUUGGAGUGGAGGAUGCUCAGUCAGAAAACUACAUCCCAGUGACUGUCGAGGUCUCUCUUUACAUCACAAUAGCACAACUGAAAGAAAAGAUCUGCGACGACUUCGGCUUUGCCCCGGCGCUGCAGCGUUGGGUGAUCGGCAAGCGUUUGGCUCAGGACCGGGAGACGUUGUACAGCCACGGUGUCCGUAAGAGCGGAGACAAGGUUUUCCUGUUUAUCCUCUCAGCCCAGGCUGCUCAUCUGACACGUCAACAACACAAACUGGACCAUGAGCAACAACGCAUAGAGGGCAUCAUGGAUUCGAUGCAGUCGAUGCACCUUUUAGCCAGAGGCCUUGGUGCAGUAGGUGGUGAGAAGCUGGCUCCUCCUCCGCUUCCUCCCAAACCCCCGACUCUUGAGAAACCUGCUGUGCUCCCCAAACCUCAGCUGGGCUGGGCCUGUGCAGCUUGUACGUUUGUGAACAAACCCACACGUCCAGGCUGUGAGAUGUGUGGUGAGGAACGACCCAAGGAUUACUUUGUGCCCAUCAUCUACCAGCCGGACCAGCAGGAGGCUCUGCGGAUUCAGCAGGAACAGCUGGCCAUGCUGCAGUACGAACAGGCUCAGCGGGAGGAACGUGAGAGGAACUAUCUCUACCUGUUGGCAACAGAAGACCUGAACCUCAUCUCCAACACCACAGAGAUGGAGUGUCCCAUCUGCUUCUCCCCCCUGCAGCCAGAGGAGGGCGUCGUGCUAAGAGAGUGUCUGCACACCUUCUGCAGGGACUGCCUUAAAGGGAUGAUAGUGAACAGUCAAGAUGCUGAGGUGUCGUGUCCUGACAACUGUGAGAGCAAGCUGCUGGACCGAGAGAUCAAAGCGCUGCUCACAGAUGAAGAGCACCAGCGCUUUUUGGAGUUGCGUCUGAUCAUCGCGGAAAGCCGCUCGGAGCACAGCUUCCACUGUCAGACCCCCAACUGUCGAGGGUGGUGCAUCUACGAGGACGAAGUCGACGAGUUCCACUGUGAACUCUGCAAUGCAACCAAUUGCAUCCUCUGCAGGGCCAUCCAUGACAACAUGAACUGUAAGGACUAUCAGGACGACCUGCGCGUCCGAGCGGAGAACGACCAGGCGGCUCAGCAGACCACUCUCAUGCUGCAGAGCAUGCUACAGAACGGUGAGGCUAUGAAAUGCCCACGGUGUGAUGUCAUCGUCCAGAAAAAAGACGGCUGUGACUGGAUCUGCUGUUUGAUGUGCAAAACAGAAAUCUGCUGGGUCACUAAACAAGCUCGCUGGGGACCAAAUGGCAGUGGGGACACAUCUGGGGGAUGUAGAUGCCGAGUCAAUAAUCAGCCGUGCCAUCCCAACUGCCAAAAUUGCCACUGAGGGAAGAACACUAAUGAACGCCAAUGCAAGCACCUGCACUGUCUGAAGAAAUGCAUAACUCGGCUUGGGCUUAGGCUGCUAGCUUAAUGUUGGCUAUAUGCAGGUCUUCUUUUGGUUUACCUUAGUCAACCUAAUCUUAGUCUUCUUUUCAAUGUGGUAACACCCUUCUUCUGCAAGUUAUUAAAUUGUAAGACAACCAGCCUAACAGGUAUCACUCCUGUUGUUUUCCCCCCCUUUUUCUACUACUUUUUAACUACCAGUAAGAUUGAGACUAAUUAAUUGGUUGGUGAGUGUUUCUACUACUCAUUAUGUAGUCUUACAAUACACACCAGAAUGAACACCUUCUUUUUAAUUUAACUGACCAGAAUUGUUUGAGAACUUGAGUACAGUGUAUGUACAGUAUAGUUUACCAUUUUUGCUUGACGAAUGUUUAGGAUUAUUAUUUUGUUGUCAUUAUAGCAAUAUAUUGUCUCUCAGUCAAACUAAUCUGACUGUGGUGAAGGAUGUUUACAUUGAACCAACGUGUUCUUAAAGCAGAACAAGCUACUCUUACGCACCUAAAGACUUUGUGUACAAUGGCACAAAGAACGAUGCUGUAUCGUCGUCAUGUUUUAAGCACUAUAUCAGAAGUUAUUUUUAGGGCCCGACCGAUAGGGAAUUUCUGGGGCAGAGAAGGGUACCGGUAUUAGGAAGAAACUAAUUCUGAUACUGUGGUUAGGGAUUAUAUAUCAACCGAUAUCUUUUUUUGGAUCUUCGGUCUUAAGAGAUGCUGUUAUCAAACACUU